AGACUACAUUCAGGGAGGUGGUGAAUAAAAGCUGCUGUCCCCACCAGCUUCUCCGCUGAGAUGAGUGGUUCCAAGGAAAUGGGGAAGAAGCAGCUCGGCCCUCUCGAUGAGGAACAGCUGGUAACCGGCCCCACCAGGUACUCCAUCAAAGGCUUUGGCUUCCAACCAAAUUCUGGAUUCAGUAGCUUCGCAGGGCACCUGGGCCUCAACCACGUCCCCUUGGCACUGCAGGCUUUCUUCCUCAUUGUCUUCUCUGUGCUGCUGCUCGUCAUCCUUGUGAAAGUCUUCAAGAUCCCCAGUUCUCAGGGACAGGAGCAGUCCAGCCAGGAGGUCUACCGGGAACUAAUCCAGCUGAAGGCUGGGGUAGAUCGCCUGUGCCGCCCCUGUCCCUGGGACUGGACACCCUUUCAAGGAAGCUGCUACUUUUUCUCUGUGAGCCAGAGGACCUGGAAUGAUUCUGCCACUGCCUGCCAGAAUGUGGGGGCUCAACUUGUGGUCAUCAAGAGUGAUGAAGAGCAGAACUUUCUACAACAGGCUUCUAAGAAAAGAGGCUACACUUGGAUGGGGCUCAUUGACAUAAAUAAUGAAGCUACAUGGCACUGGGUGGAUGGCUCACCUCUGACACUCAGUUUCAUGAAGUAUUGGAAUAAAGGAGAGCCCAACAACCUAGGGGAAGAAGACUGUGCGGAGUUCAGAGACGAUGGCUGGAACGACACCAAAUGUUACAACAAGAAAUUCUGGAUCUGCAAAAAACCCAAAGCUUCCUGCCCUAGCAAGUGAUAGCCAACCUCUCUCCACCACCGCCAAAGUCCAAACACCCAAAGCCAAGCCAGUUUGUGAUACGUAUCUGUGGCCACUGCUGCCUAGACAAGAUCUCUGGGAGUUUUCCCUGGCAGGUAGCUUGUCUCCUGCUGGACCCCUUCUGUAUAAUCCUCAGGUGUCUGCAGGUUCUCUUGGGGUUGGCAGCUGUGGCUCUGGUUCACCUUUGCCUUCUAACGGGGUGACCAGGUAUAAUAUGGAUCCAGGUCCUCAGAUGGGUUCCUUUUAUCUCCUCUCCCUUCCUUUCUGAGUUCAGAGCGUGUGCUGCCAUGGGCAAUGGAUGACACGUGGCUUCAGAACAUCACUGAGUUCUUUCCUCCCACCUGCAUGCCUUUCUACGGAUGCCUUUCCUGAUUUCAGGAACUCAGUCUGUGGGCUAGAAGUACAAGAGAACCAAUUCCUCAUUCAUUAGUCACGAUCAGGAAUUAUUGUGUUAAUGUCCUGGCUCUCUCUUCACCCCUUAGGGUACAUGGUGAGCCUCAGUGUUUUAGACCCUAAGAUUGAGCUCCCAAAUAUUUGGAGGAUUAUAAUUUUUAUUUAAUCUGCUUAUCGUACAUUCUGGUUAUUGUCACCCUCUACCCAUCCUGAAUCCCUCUCUUUUUUCCCCCAUUUAUGACUUUUUGCGUGGUUUUGUGACCCACUGAAGUUAACAAGGGCUAUGAGUUCGAAACUGUCCAGUGGAGUCUAGAAGGCUCAUCAACAACUGAAGACAAUGACUGCCCCUCCCCCAAAGUCCGUCAGUAGCCAACAACUUAGCAGGGAGAGAUGGGGCCCUGUGAGCUCUUACCUGAUCUAUAACUGAAUGUCGAGAGGCCCGAUUUUGUGGAGCCUUGGCCACUGUGAAAUCAUAUUUGUACUAAAAAAAAAAAAGAACAGGGUGCUGGAGAGAUGGCUCAGUGGUUAAGAGUAUUGCCUGCUCAUCCAAAGGUCCUGAGUUCAAUUCCCAGCAACCACAUGGUAGCUCACAACCAUCUGUAAUGAGAUCUGGUGCCCUCUUUUGGCCUGCAAGCAUAAAUGUAGGCAGAAUACUGUAUACACAAUAAAUAAAUAAACCUUUAAAAAAAAAAGAACAGAAUUUUG